CGGGCCGGCUCAGCCCUCCACAAGUUCAGCGCUCAAACUUCCUCUGGGCGGAUGAGAGCGGCGGCUGGGAGCGCAGGCAGCCGGCACCGAUGACCGAGGUGGGCAGGACGCAGCACAGCCCGGGCCCCGGCAGUUCCUCUGAAGGCCCGGAGUCCUGCAGUGAAUAUGUCAAGUUCUCCAAGGAGAAGUACAUCCUUGACUCGUCGCCGGAGAAGCUUCAUAAAGAACUGGAGGAGGAGCUGAAACUGAGCAGCACAGAUCUGCGCAGCCAUGUGUGGUACCACGGACGCAUCCCUCGAGAGGUGUCGGAGAGCUUGGUCCAGAGGAACGGGGACUUCCUGAUCCGCGACUCGCUCACCAGCCUGGGGGACUAUGUGCUGACGUGCCGCUGGAGGAACGAGCCGCUGCACUUCAAGAUCAACAAGGUGAUGGUGAAGUCCAGCAGUGGCCACACCCACAUCCAGUACCUGUUUGAGCAGGAGAGCUUCGACAACGUGCCUGCCCUGGUGCGCUUCUAUGUGGGGAACCGCAAAGCUGUCUCUGAGCAGAGCGGCGCCAUCAUCUACUGCCCCAUCAACCGCACUUUCCCGCUGCGCUACCUGGAGGCCAGCUAUGGACUAGCCAAUGGGAAGCAUGGUGGGUCCCACAGCCCCACCAGCCAGAAAGGAGGGCACAUCAAAAGGCGGAGCAUCACCAUGACGGAUGGACUGACGGCCGACAAGAUCACCAGGGGCGAGGGAUGCCCAACCAGCGUGUCCUUACCAAUUCACCGAGAGGUCAUCCGGAACUGUGCAGUCAGCGUGGACCAAAUCCAAGAUCUCCAUUCCCCGAUGUCUCCCAUCUCCGAGACCCCACUAUCUCCUGCCUACAGCACCGUGACACGGCUAAAGCCCCAAGGGAGUCAAGCUAGUGGCAUAAUCCCAGCCUCUCCUGUCGUAAGAAGAUCCAGUGAACCACAGCUGUGUCCAGGAAACAAGCCCCUGACAGACCUAGCUGAGAGCACCCACUCCUCUCCCUGCCAUGGGUACUCCAGGGCCUCUCCUUCCCCCUCUGUUAACAGCUAUAGCGACCCGGACACAGGCCAUUACUGCCAGCUCCACCCCACCUCUCCUGUCGGCAAGGAGAGGCCGACUCAUGAUACCAAGCAGCUGCCCACUAAGAGCUAUGUGGAGAGGUUGAAGGUGGAGGGGGGUCAGAGGGUGCCUGCAGAAAAUGGCCCCAGUGAGGCAGGGCAGAGGAUGAAAGGGGAGCAGGACUUCGUGGGCUUUAUCCCACCCACGCUGGAGAUGAGCUCGUCUUUCAACCCCAUGGCGUUCCGGUCCCUGCUGAUCCCCCUGGAGAACAAGCCUCUGGAAAUGGCUGUGCUUAAGAAGGUGAAGGAGCUGCUGGCAGAGGUGGAUGCCAAGGCCCUUGCCAGACACAUCACCAAAGUGGACUGCCUGGUUGCUAGGAUACUAGGUGUUACCAAGGAGAUGCAGAAGCACAUGGGAGUGAGCUCGGGCAUGGAGCUGCUCACCCUGCCCCAUGGCCAUCAACUUCGGCUUGACCUCCUGGAACGGUUCCACACCAUGUCCAUAAUGAUUGCGGUGGAUAUCCUGGGCUGCACGAGCAGCAGGGAAGAGCUGUUGCACAAAACCAUCCAGUUGGCUGCAGAGCUGAAAAGCACCCUGGGGAACAUGUUCAGUUUUGCUGCUGUGAUGAAUGCACUGGAAAUGACCCAGAUUUCGCGGCUAGAGCACACCUGGAUGGCGCUGCGCCAGCGACACACCGAGGGGGCCAUCCUCUACGAGAAGAAGCUAAAGCCCUUCCUGAAGAGCCUGAAUGAAGGAAAAGAAGGCCCUCCGCUGACCAACACCACCUUCCCUCAUAUCAUGCCCCUCAUUACACUCCUGGAGCGGGAUGUCGCGCUCCUGGACAGCGUGGAGUCCUGGGAAAACACUGACAAUGGCGUGGAGGUUGUCAUGGCCCACCUGGAAGCAGCACGGAUGGUGGCACAUCAUGGGGGACUGUACCAUACCAACGCAGAAGUGAAGCUUCAGGGCUUCCAGGGCAAGGCUGAGAUCUUUGAAAUCUUCAGUACUGAGUUCCAGAUGCGUCUCCUCUGGGGCAGCCGUGGUGCUGAGAGCAGCCAGCGGGAACGCUAUGAGAAAUUCGACAAGGUCCUCACUGCACUGUCCCACAAGCUGGAACCCUCUGUACGAUUCAGUGAACUGUAACCAAUGUGGAGACUAAGCGUUAAACUUACAGGGAGAAGAUGGCACCAAUCAGUCUCUUGAGAGGCCAAGUAACUGGGUUCCCAGUCUGCAAGCUACCCCACUCCUCCUCCUGCAGCCAUGGGGCCAUGGUGGGAAUCACAGUCCCAGAAGGAGAGCCAGCAUGGUGCAGAUGGAGGGUGUAAGGAAGAAAGCUGGCAUUUAACAUCUGCAAAAGAAAGCACUGAUCAGGAGUCAAAUCACAGCAUUGGAAUGGGUACAGCUGUAGCUCUAUGGAGAACUGUGCCAGAAUGAUCAGUCAGCAAACCCAAGGGGGAGGGGCCCAGAACAGCUAUCAUGAGCUAGGUCCAUCCAUGCUUCAUGCAUGCAAACUACAGGAGGAUGCAUUUUAGUUUCCACUCAAAGCAGUGGUCUCCCCUCCAGUACAAAUCAAUAGUGGAAUCUCAUUAAAGGAUCCUCCAUACUAACAGCCUAUUGAAAUUCCCUGGGCAGUCCCAGGGCAAAUGUUUCAAGCUGCAUAUUUGUGGAUGAGGGAGAGCCCUGAUCAGCCCGUCAUGGAAUCUGCUGAUUCUCAGCUAUAGGUUAGGCCAGUGUAUAUAUCCCAGUUGAUUGACACAAAGAUGCCUGUGGUGCAAGCAAUCCACCUCCGCUGGCCCUGUAAUCACAGGUAUCUCAUUACUGUUGUGUUCUUCAUUCAGCCUUGCUGGUUCUCAGCCACCUGUGGUCCAGUUGCUAUGAUCACUCAAUGCUGCUCCCACUCGUACAGCCAGUUGGUCUCAGAUAUUUUAUCUUUUCUCUGUCUUGUCUGAGGCCUCUUAAUUCUGCCUGUAAAUAAAUUUCACAUUUACUACUUGAUGUACAGACUUGUGAGGGCGUUCUUGUAAAUAAUUAUGCUGACGUCAUUUCAUCUUGUAAAUAAAUGUAUAUAGAUCAUGGGGCAGUUGGGGGGUUUGUUGUUUUUGUUCUUACAUACAAUAAACUUUUAUGCACUU